AUGUUGGGAAAACAUUUUUUCUGGAUUUGUCUCCUUUCGGUGUCUAUUCCGUUAUAUUUCGCCGAAGACCUGAAGAGGGAUGCGCAUAUACAACAUGAAAAUGAUUCAGGUGAAGCUAUUUUGCAUAUUUUCUGUUUUGAUAAACUGUUGCUGAGAGAAAAGAUCACACCUUUUGCACACAAAUUAAUGCCAUAUUUUCCAUUAUUGACAGAUUGCUUCAUAGGGCUAUGGUUUGUGUGGUGGAUUUUGCAUUUGGAUUAAGGAAGUAUGGCGAACAAUUUUCAUUAUUUCAUUGUAAAAAAUAAUGUUGACAAGAUUUUUACCAAAAGCUUACAAUUGACUUAUCAUUAUUCAUGACCUAUACAAUUAUGGCACUCGACCAGUUAGACCGCAUGCAGUUCCCACGCAUGUCGCCUAAUACAAUUUUAAUUGAUGUGCAUAACCUGUGGAAAUGUAAUACCUUUGUGUAACCUCUUUAUUACUAAAACUGUAAUGGAAAUCAACUGACUUUAAGCCAUCAUAUGAGUUAAUGCAUCUGCGUUUGUGUAAAAGAGAUUAAGUCUCUAAAACCAGUUAAUGCUUUGAAAGCCUUCAGGGGACAAAGUCGCCAUUAAGUUUAUGAAUCAGGGUUUGUUUACUUUAGCAAGAUGUGCACACAAUUAUUCGAUUAAUUUGUAAUUAAGAUGACAAAACCCAGAUGGCCAUCUCUAGUUCUCUGUGCUUUGGGCUUUUUGGCAGUGCUCGUGAAAUGGAAAUAUGAAGAUGCAUAAUAUUAGUGGUGUACUGUUUCUUAUCACAAAGAAUAACAAAUUGUGGUUGUACAUACAACAUUCUGGCAGUAAAACAAGUACCAUUCAUCAAUACAACAUUUUGGCAGUACAACAAGUACCAUUCAUCAAUACAACAUUCUGGCAGUACAACAAGUACCAUUCAUCAAUACAACAUUCUGGCAAUACAACAAGUACCAUUCAUCAAUACAACAUUCUUGCAGUACAACAAGUACCAUUCAUCAAUACAACAUUCUGGCAGUACAACAAGUACCAUUCAUCUAUACAACAUUCUGGCAAUACAACAAGUACCAUUCAUCAAUACAACAUUCUGGCAGUACAACAAGUACCAUUCAUCAAUACAACAUUAUUGCAGUACAACAAGUACCAUUCAUCAAUACAACAUUCUGGCAGUACAACAAGUACCAUUCAUCUAUACAACAUUCUGGCUGUACAACAAGUACCAUUCAUCAAUACAACAUUCUGGCAAUACAACAAGUACCAUUCAUCAAUACAACAUUCUGGCAGUACAACAAGUACCAUUCAUCAAUACAACAUUCUGGCAGUACAACAAGUACCAUUCAUCAAUACAACAUUCUGGCAGUACAACAAGUACCAUUCAUCACAAGGUUGGUCUGCAAAGUAGAAAUUUUUCAGUUAGCCUCCACCACCUGAUGCUGUAUAAGUACUGCAUCAGACUGAGCUCUCUAUGAUGACACUAAUUUGGCAUUAAGACAUUUAUAGUAAAAGGUUGUGUUCUUAAAGGGAUAGUUCACCUGAAUUAGAAAUGUACUUCAUAUUAUGGAUUCAUCCAGGGUCGGACUGGGACCAGAAAUUGUCGCUGGCAUUUCUGCACAACAGCCCAUUUUUUGAAAAGUGGAAAUGGAAAGUGUUCUAGAACCCUUGAAGGUGUAUACUUAAGGUGAACCCCUCAUUGGGGGCAUGACGUUUCAUAUGUAAUCUUAAAUCCUUCUUUUAUAUUUCUAUGAACUAUAGUUUGGAGGCAAGGGAAACCCGGAAGACUGUUUGCCAGGAGACGGAUUUCGCCACAUCAGGGACACCACCACGUUGCAGUAAGUUGUACAUCUAUCUCCUUAAAACUAUAGCAGGAACAAUGUACUAAAUCAUGCUUAAAGAGGUUGUAUGAGGACCAGCUGUCAAGGAAUGGAAGUUUUAAAGUGGAAGAAUUACUGUAGGAAUUAAUAAACCUGAUACGAAUCAAUCUGACAUUUUGGGAAAUAAUUGUCCGUAUUUAAACAUGAAGUAAUUCCCUUACACCUCUUAAGACUACAGGGCCUGAAAUCGGGCACUAGAAUUACUAGUAAUUACUGAUUAUGUGUUUACAUUACUUAUUAAUUUCCCAGAAUACCAAAACCUCAACAUCUUUAGGAGCUUUUAAAGAUCCUCUGUCGAAUAAAUGUGUCUUUGGCUCCAUCCCGUGGUUGGCUGCGUCAUUACAUCCCUUAAUAUCAGGUGACUUUGUGUACCCUCAAAGGGGUGGUCCUUAGAAAACCACUUCUCCAUCUGCCCUCCUUCACAGCACACACAGACAUGGCUUAAGGACAUUUACCCUAUACAGUGCCUUCAGAAGGUAUUCACAUCCCUAGACUUUCCACAUUUUCUUGUGUUACAGCCUGAAUUUAAAAUUGAUUAAAUGUAGAUGUAUUGUCACUGGCCUACACACAAUACCCCAUAAUGUCAAAGUGGAAUUAUGUUUUUUCGAAAUUUGUACAAAUUAAUAAAAAAUGAAUGACUCUCAUCUCUGUACCUCACACAUGCAAUUAUCUGUAAGGUCCCUCAGUUGAGCAGUGAAUUUCAAACACAGAUUCAACCACAAAGACCAAAGAGUGGGUCCUCUGUAGCUCAGCUGGUAGAGCACGGCGCUUGUAACGCCAAGGUAGUGGGUUCGAUCCCCGGGACCACCCAUACACAAAAAAUGUAUGCACGCAUGACUGUAAGUCGCUUUGGAUAAAAGCGUCUGCUAAAUGGCAUAUUUUAUUAUUAUUAAAGAGGUUUUCCAAUUCUUCGCAAAGAAGGGCACCUAUUGGUAGAUGGUUAAAAAAUUGAAUAUCCCUUUGUGCAUGCUGAAGGUAUUAAUAACACUUUUGAUGGUGUAUCAAUACAUCCAGUCACUACAAAGAUACAGGUGUCCUUCCUAACUCAGUUUACAGAGAAGAAGGAAACAGUUCAGGGAUUUCACCAUGAGGCCACUUUAAAAUAGUUACAGAGUUUAAUGGCUGUGAUAGGAGAAAACCGAGGAUGGAUCAACAACAUUGUAGUUACUCCACAAUACUAACCUAAUUGACAGAGUGAAAAGAAGGAAGUCUGUACAGAAUAAAAAUAUUCCAAAACAUGCAUCCUGUUUGCAACAAGGCACUAAAGUAAUACUGCAAAAAAAUGUGGCAAAGCAAGUAACAUUUUGUCCUGAAUACAAAGUGUUAUGUUUAGGGCAAAUCCAAUACAACACAUUACUGAGUAACACUCUCCAUAUUUUCAAGCAUAGUGGUGGCUGCAUCAUGUUAUGGGUAUGCUUGUAAUCGUUAAGGGCUGGGGAGUGUUUCAGUAUAACAAAUAAACGGAAUGGAGCUAAGCACAGGCAAAAUCCUAGAGGAAAACCUGGUUCGGUCUGCUUUCCACCAGACACUGGGAGAUGAAUUCACCUUUCAGCAGGACAAUAACCUAAAACACAAGGCCAAAUCUACACUGGAGUUGCUUACCAAAGACUGUGAAUGUUCCUAAGUAGCCGAGUGACCGUUUUGACUUAAAUCUUUUUGAAAAUCAAUGGCAAGAGUGGAAAAUGGUUGUCUAGCAAUGAUCAACAACCAAUUUGACAGAGCUUGAAGAAUUUAAAAAUGAAUAAUGGGCAAAUAUUGUACAAUCCAAGUGUGCAAAGCUCUUAGAGACUUAACCAGAAAGACUCACAGCUGUAAUCACUGCCAAAGUCAAUUCUAACAUGUAUUGACUAAGGGGUGUGAAUACUUAUGUAAAUUAGAUAUUUCUGUAUUUCAUUUUCAAUCAAUUUGCAAAAAUGUCUAAAAACAUUUUGUAUCUUUGUCAUUAUGGGGUAUUGUGUGUAGGUGGGUGAGAGGAAAAAAAUCAAUUUAAUCCAUUUUUAAAUCAGGCUGUAACACAACAAAAUGUGGAAUAAGUCAAGGGGUAUGAAUGCUUUCUGAAGGCACUCAUAUAGCCACGUUAGCCUCACCCUCAUGUGGGUGCUAACAAGCUAGCUAGCAGGCAUGCUAGGUAUUGCUACGUAUCAACAGCCAUUGUCAGCCAAUCCAGUAGGGGUUGGAUGCUAUGGUGAGCUCGAUUGGUCACUCGCAUUGCGAUAUUGCAGAGGUUUUAAAUUUCAGCUUUCCCCAAUAUUAGUCCGACCGUGUUCAACUCCCUCGCCCAUGCUUACAUCGCUCAACGGUCCCCUGCCCACUACGCUUUUCUCGCUUUCCUUCCGUUGAUAGCGAAUGGCUUCCGAUGUUUCACCGCACGAUGCCGCUUCCUAGUGUAAAGGGACCGUAAGCACUCAUCGGAUUCCUCUCGGCCACACAGAUCUAAAUACUGUACUGUAUAUAACUUUCAUUGCUCUAUGAUAAAGAAAGCGACCUACACACUUCCUUAAACCUCAAAUGAGUAGGCCAAAAUAUUGCCUUCUUGCUAGAUUGAUGAAUGCAGCAAUAGCGAAACAGUGCAAAAGUGCUGUCAGCUCAAGCUUCACAAUCAUCUACAGUAGUUUUUCCUUGUGAGUGUUAGACGAGAGAAUAGUGUGAUAGCAGAAAUCCUAAUAGUGAUUCAGCUGUGACUAUAAUUCUGUAAAUAAUAGGCGUCUUUCAUUUGUUUAAUCUGUCAAAACAAAUUGCCCCAAAAUAGAACAAAAGGAAGGUUAUGGUCAAAGUAUUGGAAGGCUGACUGUAAACAUAUGGAUCCAUGGACACUGCAACUUAGACACAAGGUUUAAUCAGUGUCUUAUAAUUAAGCAAUAAGGCCUGAGGGGGUGUGGUAUAUGGCCAAUAUACCACGGCUAAGGGCUGUUCUUAAGCACGACUCAACGCAGAGUGCCUGGACACAGCCCUUAGCCAUGGUAUAUUGGCCAUGUAUCACAAACCCUGAGGUGCCUUAUUGCUAUUAUAAACUGGUUACCAACAUAAUUAGAGCAGCAAAAAUAACCACGGCUGUCAGCCAAUCAGCAUGCAGGGCUCGAACCACCCAGUUUAUAACAUCCUUUAGGGGACAAAUCAAAUAAAAGGUAAAAUCAUAUGAGCAGAGACACAAGAGGUGUGUCUUCAACACCCACUGCUGACACCAAAUGUAAGGCAGACAGUAAAGAAGGGAUCCAUGGACACACAUGGACUUCAAUAUUACACUCAUGGACACUGUGACUUCAAUAUUACACUGUGACUUCAAUGGACACUGUGACUUCAAUAAUACACUUGUGGGGACAAAUAAAACAAAAAGUUAAAUCCUAUGAGCAGAGAGAGCAAGGCACCGAGCUCUAAACUGAAGAACUCCCAGCAACCCUUGCUCUUUAUACCAGAGCCAGAGCAUCCGCAAAAUAAAAGUCUCGCAAUACAGGUCCCACAGUAAUAAUGUCUUGUGAUUCAGUAUGUAUUUGUCUAUGGGUGAUGUCUUGUGAUUCAGUAUGUAUUUGUCUAUGGGUAAUGUCUUGUGAUUCAGUAUGUAUUUGUCUAUGGGUAAUGUCUUGUGAUUCAGUAUGUAUUUGUCUAUGGGGGAUGUUAGGUGAUUCAGUAUGUAAAUAAUAUUUUCUUAAUGACUGAUAUUUGGCGUUCCAACAUAUUUUUCCCUGUGGGUGAAGUUCCAGAAACCCAAGCCUGAGCCUGCAGCCCCUCCCCGGCGGUGUGGUCGUCUGAUGGAGAGCUGUGCCCAUCACACCCCCUGCUGUGACCCCUGUGCCUCCUGCCGCUGUCGCCUCUUUAACACCAUCUGCCACUGCUGGAGACUGGGCCCACACUGCCCCAAGAAGACCUAG